GUUUGUCUGCCGUUCUUGGGAGAGUAUCUCGAUAUUUGCUGCUUGCGACAGGAUCAAUUUCCAGCCAACAUAACUGACGCUCAAAUAGAAGUAUGUCGGCGACCACCACCGCAAGCAAGUAAAUACAUGCAAAUAAAAAAAAGCCUAAUUAGAUGUCGUUUCCAAGUGCAAGAUGCGGUGACGGUGAUGUUAUCCCCGAAGUUGGUGUGUACCGUGUUUUGGGGCAAAUAGCGAACGAAGUUGGUGUGUACCGUGUUCUUGGUUUCUUUGAGGAAGAUCAACAAAUAGCGGACGAAGAUGUAGCGAGGCAGCUAUGGAAAACCUUCCAACACGUCUUUGGCAGUGACCAUAACAGACCUGAUACUGCGGGAGUAGAGUUUCGCCUUCGCUUGUUAGGAUUUGAUACUCAGAAAGUCCCAAGCCCGGAGAUGACACCCUUGGUCCUGAGAGCUAGCAGAGAUAUUGGACAGAGGGAAGAGAUUUUCUCGAAUCGACGCUAGCUGAAUUAAGGGACGACAUACCAGAACGUGAGGCAGCCAUUCUUGUAGACUGUUUUGGAACUGACACGUACGGUAGGUCACUCGUCGACUUCAGAGGAAUAGUUCAACGCGGAACGCCUUCACCCGUGCAACCAUGCUUCGGAGAUUCGAACUAGCUUCACCAACUCUAAGAACCGGAUACGCCUACCGCCUACAAACAUGAUUGCUUUAUCAAUUGUUGUGUCACGUGUGCUGACCUGCAGCAUGGACCACAGGCCUGUUGGCCAAGCGUGGUGCCGGCCGCAAGCUGUACUCCCCUCCCGACCCCAGCAGCGUGUAAUGAACGUGCGCAAACUAGACGAGCAUGAUUGUUUUGUCAAUUGUUGGUCAAGCGUCUUGCUGGCCGCAAGGCAAGACGGGUGUGUUCAAUGGAAUAGACGACCAUCACGUGAAAUGCCAUAUUUGGAAUCUACGAUCGCUACUAUAGCAACACCUCUUCUCUGAUCAAGGCCCCAAUGCUUGCUUACAACAAAUGUUCACAGAGAAGACUGAUCAAGAAACCUGAUUCGGACAACAUGGACAGGCACCCCCCUGAAUCCAACUCAUGGCUAUCACGGACAGGGGCGAGUUGCCUCAACCUUGUCAUGCUACGCAUUUUACGUUUCCUGGCUACCUAUUGUCUGGUUAUUGGCCUCGUAGUGGUGCUGGUCACCGGUGUGCAGUGGCCGGCCGCUGGAAUAUUCCUGGAGAAACUUCAUGUGUACCACGCAUGCGUAGUAGUGGCCUAUUUCAUCUUUGGGCUGCACUUGAAAAACUGUGAAUUUUACAUCGCGUUACAGGAGUACCGUGCGAUCAUCUGGGCGCUGGUUUGUGUUUUGUUUGUGACACCGGCUCUGGGAGUACAGAUAACAAAAACGAUCCACUUUGCUACUCUUUCUAAUGAAAACAUGACGACGGAACUGUCAGUGAUCAGGGCGAACGUAUCCGCCAUUGGACCCACCGAGUUCGCGAUUGGAUUGCAAGUGUUCUUCUGUUCUCCUGCAACAUUUGGUACUGGCGUCAUACUGGCUGCACUGGCCGGAGGUAACCUGGCCUUGGGACUGGUAAUUAUGCUGAUCACAAAUAUCGCGGGCGUAUUCUCCUCUCCUCCUCUGCUUGCCUGGCUGACGUCACUGGAGACUACCCAUGAGGAGGCACAGGCUUUCGCCAAACUUCUUGGUGUGUUCGUGCUUACUGUGCUGCUCCCGAUGAUGAUUGGGAAACUGGUCCGUCUGUGGCCUAGGCUAUCGGAAUCAGUCGAUUCCAACCCGACACCAUCCCGAUACACCGUCCGCCUUCUGCUCGUUAUCCUCGUAUGGCCGAUAAUUAGCCGAGCACAAACCGACGACAACUACGAGGGUAUCGUUCGCAUGAACACUAUGGCGAUCCUUGGAUUCACCACCAUCAUGCACGUGAUCUUCCUACUGCUGAACUACCUAGCUGGUGGAAUCGCGGGCGCAGAACUUCCUGUCAAGAAGACACUCGUGAUCGUGUGUAGUCACAAGGCCCUCCCGUUCGCGCUUACGAUAAUCGAUUAUCUUCCGGACUCGGUAGGGUCUCGGGAUCUGAUGACGACUUCGUGUACUGUAGCAUACCUGGUCGUGCUGGUAAUUGAUUCAGUGAUUGUGUCAAAGUGGGCCACGAUCAAUGCAGACUCGGAGGGCGACUCGACGACGGAAAAGGAUGCCGGGGAAUAUAGGAAAAUAUCAAUGGGGGAUUAGCAAGUUACCAGAAAAGGCCACUGGGAAUGUAAUUCGCCAUUCUGACUUUGCGCGGGGGCUUGGGUCGAGUUGAUAAACAAACAGCAUGCUGGGACGAUUUUAGGGGACGCAAUUCAACAUGGCGUCGAACGUUGUCCAUGUUGGUGUUGUGAAUCAAACUAAAGAAGAUAUUCGGACCAAAAUGUACCAUUUUUAGCUUUCAUUGAGUAUCACAUCAACAUGUUUACUAUGCCAUGUUGAAUUGCGGCCCUUAAAAUUGUCCCGGAAUUCUCUUCCCUUGAUAAAUCGAUCCAACACCCCGCUCCACGUUAGAAUGGUGAAUAGGGAAAUAUCCAUAAGGGAAAAAUUAAAAACUGGAGAAAUUCGCCAAGGAAUUUAGUAAAAUAAAGACGGCUUUUAGUAAAUCUAUUCAUACUAACCCAAGCGUUAUUUUAGGCUACUUUUUCAUAUUUUUCCUAUUGACCUCUUACAUAUAUUCCUUUUUUAGGGGUUUCCCUGGGGUUGCCAAAAUAUUCCUAAAUUUGGUAACACGCUCUGCAAUCUGCUGGAUCUAGCCUGUGUAGCAAGCGCUGGGAAAAUCUGGGAAACGCAAUGAAUAAUGACUUAUAUUAUUUUUUAAUGGGAAUACAUAAACAAGAUUACUAAACCAACUAUCUUAUUCUAUAACAAAUUUUAAAUUUAUUAGUUCAAUAAAAAUAUAUUAGGCUCA